UUUCCUCUACAGACUACAUUCAAUUUUCUCCAUCGCAGAUUCUUCAGAGCUGUUUCUUAAUUUCAAGCUAGAGUUCCUCUCAUGGCCUCCUCCACGCCAGAUUUGAGCCGUCUCAAACUCAACCACGCCUCAAACCCGUCUCGAAAGGUGCGAAUCGUCGGAAAAAUCAGAGGUUUUACAGAUCAAGAGUUAGGGUUUCUGAGCAACUCUAAGCCGUGGAUCACUGUCAACAAAUCUUCAGACGAAGAUGCUUCUGGAAAAGUCACAAUCUUGUUUGGAGACAAAGGAACCAGCCGUAAAGACACCUUUGAACUAGAUAAUUGUUAUGACCAAGGAGAGGAUGAAACUGUAUUCUCAAGAGAGAUAAAGCCUGCUAUCUCCGAUGUCUUCACUGGUAGAGAUGCUUCAAUUAUUGCAUAUGGAGCUAGAGGCAGUGGUAAAACUUAUACAAUUCAGGGUUUGGCAACUUCUGCAAUUGGUGAUAUCCUUUCUAGAGUAGAGGAUAAUGGAAAGAGAGUGUCCAUUUCUUUCUUUGAGGUGUUUCAAGAGCGUGCUUAUGAUCUUUUGGAUCCAGACCAACGUGAAGUUCAAGUACUUGAAGAUUCCCAAGGCAAAGUGAAACUCAAAGGACUUUCUCAGGUCUCAAUAAAAUCCUUAUCAGAAUUUCAUGAUAUAUAUUUUGGUCGGGGCACAUUAUGCAAACAAGUGCAGAAGACAUCAGUUGGAGUGCCAAGAAGGAGCCAUAAGGGUUUGAUAGUAUAUGUUUCAUCUCCUGAUGAAAACCAGAUUGACAAACCUGUUGGUGUGAUAAACUUUGUCGAUUUAGCAGGAUAUGAGGAUUCCAGAAGUAGUAUUAGAGACGGAGCAACACUUGCAGAGAGUACUAGAAUAAACAUGUCUCUGCAUUCCAUAAUGAAUGUUGUGUUUGCACUCAACACAAAUAAUCAUGUCCCUUAUAGAGAAAACAAACUUACUCGGAUGCUAAAGGAGUCUCUUGGGGGAAACAAUUACACGUUGAUGCUUGCUUGCAUGAACCCGAUCUUUUGUCAAGACACUAUCUACGCUGUAAGUUUGGCUUCAAGAUCAUGUGAAAACAUCAAGAUGGCAGUUCGAAACUCUACAACAAAAUGUAGGAGUUCUACCAAACGGGACAUACGACCACCCACUACCCCAUCAAGUGUGAAAAAGCAAACUAACAGUGGUGUGCAUGAUUUUUCUUUAAAGAAAUCCACUAGUGUGUGGAAUGGGAGGAAACUGUUUAGUGGGGGCAAAGUUACGGCUUCUAAGCAGACAGAGGUGCCAUCGGAUGAUUCUUUAGCCACAAAGUCGUCUAAGCUUCUCCAAGACACUGGUUCCAUCGUAGCAUCAUCUUCCUUGCACGAAAAGACAGAGGUCCCACCAAAUGAUUCUGUAGUCACAAAGUUUGAGCUUCAACAUGACACUAUUUCCACCAUAACAUCUUCCUUGCAUGAAGAAGAGGCAGAGGUCCCUUUUGAACCUUUUCAGACAGACUCUAUUUCCAUGAUAAAAACUUCCGUGAAUGAAGAGAAUUUUCCUCAAGGCAUGGAAAUUACUUCAGGCAAUCAUGGUGAAGCAAUAGGAUUCACAAACGGAGAAGGUGGUGAUAUUGAAAAGGAGAACAAAGUUUAUACCACAACCAAAGCUGGAUCACCAUUACUAAGUGAAAGAUUGCGAGCAUUAACAGAUAAUCUAAAACAGUUGCAGGCUUCUACUCCAUUGGCCAUAAAAUUGCAAGAGGAGGGAAGCCAAGCAGUUCUCCUUCAUACAGUGGAGCCUAAAACUCCAGUUAUUGAAAAUGGUUUUCGGGUUAGUGAUAAAUUGGAUAUCACCAAGUAUAACAGUCCUUGGGAGGCAUUUAGUGAGCGCAAUUCUAGAGUAAAGGAUUCCUUUGUUGGAGAAUAUCUCAAGUUUAUGAAUUCUGCUAGCAAGGAAGACUUGAAACGAUUAAAGGGCAUAGGAGAAAAGAGAGCUCAGUACAUUCUUGAACUCCGUGAUAACUCUCCUGAGCAUUUCAAAAAGCUUGAAGACUUGCAAGAGAUUGGUCUCUCAGCAAAGCAGGUGAAGAGCAUGGUGAAAACGAUGGCUGGAGAACUCUUCUUUUAGGAUGGUUCAAUUGUAAGUUGACUAGAGCAACAUCAGUUGCUGUUUUUCAUGUUUAUUAAUGUUUAAAUUGUUUGUUGUAUCAAACUAUCAGAUUUGUUGAAUGUUGAUAGUGUUUUGUCUUUGUAAGCA